UAAAUGUGGUUACCAGGAAAUAAAUGUUCCAGGAAGUAUUUGAAUUACAUACAGGCUGCCAACAGGACAGACUGGCAGGUUGUCUUGAAUCUUCAUGAGUGAUGAUGGGAGGGGUGUUCCAGGCCUUCUUCUGUGCUCAAAGAAAUGAGGAUAACCAAGGUGUCAUUGGGCACCUGUACCAAAGGGAUUUUGAACUCAUCUUCAUCAUUCAUAUGCAGAAACCAGUGGUAAAAUCCUUGGAAUUACAAUGAGACAUAUCAGAAGCAUUCACAUAUUUUAUAGUAUUAUUAUGUCAGUGCAUGGAUGGGCCUCAAAACUGCCAGAAGAAAGGGAACUGACCACCAACUGCUCCAACUUGUCUCUACAACAGGUUCCCACAGACUUGAUCACAACCACAACCACGCUGGAUUUAUCCUACAACCUCCUUUUUCAACUCCAGAGUUCAGAUUUUCGUUCUGUCUCUAAACUGAAAGUUUUGAUUCUGUGCCAUAACAGAAUUCAAGAACUGGAUAUCAAGAUCUUUGAAUUCAACAAGGACUUAAGAUAUUUAGAUUUGUCUCACAACAGACUAAGGAUUGUAACUUGGUAUUCACUGGUAGGUCUCAGACAUUUAGAUCUUUCUUUCAAUGACUUUGAUACUUUGCCUAUCUGUGAGGAGACUGGCAACAUGUCACACCUGGAAAUCCUAGGCCUGAGUGGGGCAAGAAUACAAAAAUCUGAUUUCCAGAAAAUUUCUCAUUUGCAUCUAAAUACUUUCUUCUUAGGAUUGAGAACUCUUUCCCAUUAUGAAGAAGGUAGUCUGCCCAUCUUAAACACGACAAAGCUUCAAAUUGUUUUACCAAUGAACACAAAUUUCUGGGUUCUUUUGUGUGAUGGAAUCAAGACUUCAAAAAUAUUAGAAAUGACAAAUAUAGAUGGCAAAAGCCAAUUUGCAAGUUAUGAAACUCAACAAAACCUUACUUUAGUGAAUUCUAAGACAUCUAUGCUGUUACUUAAUAAAGUUGAUGUACUCUGGGAUGACCUUCUCCUCAUCUUCCAAUUUGUUUGGCAUACAUCAGUAGAAUACUUCCAAAUCCAACAUGUGACUUUUGGAGGUAAGGUUUAUCUUGACCACAAGUCAUUUGAUUACUCAAAUACUGUGAUGAGAACUAUAAAAUUGGAGCAUGUACAUUUUAGAAUUUUUUAUAUUCCACAAGAGAGAGUCUACUUGCUUUUUACCAAAAUGGAUAUAGAAAACCUGACAAUAUCAGAUGCACAAAUGCCACACAUGCUGUUCCCUAUUUAUCCUACAAGAUUCCAGUAUUUAAAUUUUGCUAAUAAUAUCUUAACAGAUGACCUGUUUAAAAACCCUAUCCAGUUGCCUCAUUUGGAAACUCUCAUUCUGAAAGGCAAUAAAUUGGAGACAUUUUCCUUAGUGAGUUGCUUUGCUAACAACACAUCCUUGAAACACUUAGAUCUGAGCCAAAAUCUGCUACAACACGAAUAUGAUGAAAAUUGCUUUUGGCCAGAAACAUUGAUCUCUAUGAACCUAUCAUCCAAUAAAUUUGCUGAUUCUGUUUUCAGGUGCUUACCCAGAAGUAUUCAAAUACUUGACCUGAAUAAUAACAAAAUUCAAACUAUCCCAAAAGAGAUAAUUCAUCUGAAGUCCUUGCAAGAGCUAAAUCUUGCAUUUAAUUUUCUAACUGAUCUUCCUGGAUGCAAUAAUUUCAGAGGACUCUCAGUUCUGAACAUUGAAAUGAAUUUAAUUGUUAGCCCAUCUCUGGAUUUUUUUCAGAGUUGCCAGAAAAUUAAGACUCUAAAUGCAGGAAGAAAUCCAUUCCGGUGUACUUGUGAAUUAAGAGAUUUCAUUCAGCUUGAAAAAUAUUCACAGGGCAUGAUGGUUGGUUGGUCAGAUUCAUACAUCUGUGAAUACCCUUUGAAUCUAAAGGGGACCCGGUUAAAGGAUGUUCAUCUUCCUGAAUUAUCCUGCAACACAGCUCUUUUGAUUAUCACCAUUGUGGUUAUCAUGCUAGUUCUAGGAAUAACUGUGGCAUUCUGUUGCCAUCACUUUGAUCUGCUCAGGUAUCUCAGGAUGCUAGGUCAAUGGAUGUGGAUGUGGCACAGGGUUAGGAAAACAACCCAAAGACAACUCAAGAGAAAUGUCCAACUCCAAGUGUUUAUUUCAUAUAGUGAACACGAUUCUGCCUGGGUGAAGCAUGAAUUGAUCCCAAAUCUAGAGAAAGAAGAUAGUUUUGUCUUGAUUUGCCUUCAUGAGGAAAACUUUGACCCUGGCAAGAAUGUUACUGAAAAUAUCAUAAACUACAUUGAGAAAAGCCAGAAGUGCAUUUUUGUUUUGUCUCCCAACUUUCUCCAGAGUGAGUGGUGCCAUUAUGAACUUUACUUUGCCCAUCACAAUCUCCUCCAUGAAAGUUCUGAUCACUUAAUUCUCAUCUUAUUGGAACCUAUUCCACUCUACUGCAUUCCUUCCAGGUAUCCUAUGCUGAAAGCUCUCAUGGAAAAGAAAGCUUACUUGGAAUGGCCCAAGAAUAGGCAUAAAUGUGAACUUUUUUGGGAAAAUCUGCAAGCUGCUAUUAAUGUUAAUUCAUUAGAAACCAGAGAGAUGUGUGAACUACAAACAUUCACAGAGCUGAAUGAAGAGCCCCAAGGUUCUACAAUCUCUCUGGUAAGAACAGACUGCCUAUAAAACCUUCCCACAACCUAGGGAAAUUGGGGCCUAUAUUCACAGUUGGUAUAUAAGUUGAUUUAACCUUUCUGAUGGUAAUUUGGCAAUAUCUAUUAAAAUGAAACAUCAUUCAUGUCAGUUCUUUGAAGGAUUUCUAAGAAUGUGUUUUACAGAAACACAUUUGCAAAGGUUUAUUGUAAAAAGGCGUUCAUCCAGCAUUGUUUAUAAUCAUGAAAAACUGAAAACAGCUCAAAUGUUAUAAAACAAGGAUUGACUCAAUAAAUUAUAUUAAUGCAAUAAAAUAUUACACAGCCAUUAAAAAUAAUGAGGUAACCCUAUAUUUACUGGUAUGGAGAAAAUUAAAGUAAGUUAGAUUAUACGCUGAAGUAAAAUUGUAAAGGAAUGUAUACCAGUACAUUGAUGGAGUAACAGUGGUUUGGGUCUGAGAGGUUGGAUUGUAGGAAGUAUUUGGUUUCUAUAUUAUGAAUUUCUGUAAUGUUGGAGUUGCUUAGAUUGAAUCUGUAUUUCUUUUGUAAGUAGGAAAAAUAAUAAAGAGAAUUUUUAA